UUGCUGGGCUCUUGUCUCAACAUCGCUCUCCUGGGUGUUCUUACGUAUCAAACAUAUAUGUAUCACAUCCACUAUCCUGACGACAAAGCGUCUUCGCCGCCGUUAUCAGUCUAUGGAACAUUUAUCUUCGAGUGGGUGCAAUCCGGCCUACUGACAGCCUCAUUGUUCCACAUAUUUGUUGCCAACUACGGCGACUUAAAUGCCCUCGGAGAUAUUGGCUACACCUGGUUCAGCAUACCCGUCAUGAGUGCCAUCACUUCAUUUGUGGUGCAACUCUUCUAUUCCUGGCGAAUUCAACGCUUUAGUGGGUCAUACAUAUUGCCGAGCAUUAUCGUCGUAGUAUGUCAUUUGUUUGAAUUCUACUAA